UAUGCAUGUACAGCAGGAUUAGCUACCUGUUCGACAAUGCAGGAACCGUCUUCUACGCGGUCUUCAUGUCCUUUUGGGCCGUCACGUUCCUCGAAUACUGGAAGCGUAAGAGCUCCAGCUUGGCCCAUCACUGGGACUGCAUGGACUUUGAGGAGGAAGAGGAAAGGCCGAGACCGGAGUUUGCCGCGCGCGCACCGUUCAUGGAGAAGAACCCGAUCACGGGAGUGAAGGAACCUCACUUCCCCUCCAGGACACGCCUGCCUCGCAUCCUCGUCGGCGUGGGCGCCAUCAUCGUCAUGAUGUGUCUGGUGUUUAUCUUCAUCGUCGCUGUGAUCAUGUAUCGCUGCAUUAUCACCGUGCCGCUAUUCCAAAACAAGCUAACCCGCUCACAAGCACCGACCAUCGCCAGUCUGAGCAGCGCAUGCGUCAAUCUCAUUCUCAUCAUGGCUCUCGGAAAGGUCUACGAGAAAUUGGCGCUAAAAUUGACGCAGUGGGAGGUCACCAAGAUAAAGCUCUGGUUCCAAGAGCGCAAGCUGAAGACGACGUUUAGUGCGGGAAGGAUGAAGACUCGCUGGGAAGAGGAUUAUCAGCUUAUUCCUAACGAAGGGCUCUUUGACGAGUAUCUAGAGAUGGUCUUACAGUUUGGAUUCAUAACGAUCUUCGUCGCUGCAUUUCCGCUGGCGCCAGUGUUCGCGCUCCUCAACAACUGGGUGGAGAUCCGGCUUGACGCUCACAAGUUCGUCUGCGAGACUCGCCGUACCGUGGCCGAGCGGUGCCAGAACAUCGGCAUCUGGUUCCACAUCCUCGACUCCAUCGCACAGAUCGCUGUCAUUAGCAACGCGUUCGUGAUAGCUUUCACGUCGGAGUUUUUGCCGCGGUUGCUCUACCAGUACGAGUACAGCUGGAAAAGCGAAUUCGAGAAUAACUUGACGUUCAAGGUCUUCAUCUUCCAAUUCGUCAACUUCUAUUCGUCCAUCUUCUACAUUGCGUUCUUCAAGGGAAGCCUUCCGCCUCCCACCCUCCUCACACUCCACCGUCGCUUCCGCCUGCGCCACCGCGCCUGA